GCCUUCAACUCGACUAUAAAUCCGAUAAGCAUGCUUCAUUCAGAUCAACCUUGGCGAAUGGUUUCAGGAUGCCUUUCCCUUUCAAAGCCUUUAUCAUCUUCAUCCAUACCAAUGCCAACAAAAACCUUCAAGAGGUGUUUAUGCUCAAGUUCUAUCAACCUACGAAGUCGAACCAAAUUGAGAAGACCGGGAGUCUUGGAUCAGAAACACCGUGAAGCAUUUCGUAAACUCUCUACUUCAUCCACAUGGCUUCAAGUCGAUCACUAUGUAACCCUUGGAAUUGAAAGGACAGCAAGUCCACGACAGAUUAAGCAAAAGUUUUAUGAGCUCUCCAAAGAACAUCAUCCAGAUCUGAAUCCACAGAACGAGCGGGCUACGGAUCUUUUCAAAAAAUUUGCUCAUGCCUACAGUGUUCUAUCUGAUCCUGUUUCUCGUGCCAAUCACGAUGCAAGUUUACAUCGACUACGGCCUCAGGCUUACGAUCCUCAAUUCGAUCCUAAUGUCAGUCCAACCACAAGAAGCAAUGCAUCUCGGCGUGCACAAGCACAUUACGCUUGGAACGCUAGACCACAACAACAUCGACCUUCUCCAUUUCCAUCACGUUCUGCAAAUCCUCAAUUUAAUCAAGAACAAAGCGAACGUCGUGAAUUUGAAGCUGCGAUGGCUAGAUUUGCUCGUCUAGCUAAUCGUCGAGCUCAAACUUCUCAUCAUCCUUCAAAUUCACAUCCCAUCUUUUCCAACUUUCCGCCCAAUGAUGAUCGUUUGAGGCCACAACCUACAAGACUAGAACCUAAACCACAGGCGGCUCGACAAGCCUUUCGACUCGCCCUCCUCUUAUCAAUGAUGUGUUGGCUGGGUGCCAAAUGUGUCCCAACCUAA